AACUAUGAGAAAGUGAUAUCACUUAUACCAGUCAUAGAGUCGCCGACUGUCCGGGAAUUACCGGAAUCUCCAGAUCUACCGAACGUAUUGUUCGUUGGCAUCGAUUCGGUGUCGAGACUGCAGUUCGACCGACACUUUCCCAUCACUGCCCGCAAUAUCAUCAGUGGACAGGGAUUUCACACAAUAUAUGGCUAUAACAAAGUGGCCGACAAUACCUUCCCAAACCUCACACCACUUCUCACCGGACAUUAUGUUGAGGACCUAUGGGAUGAGACAAUGAACACACAGUUUGACUACUUUCCCUUCAUAUGGAAAGAAUAUCAUCGGAAAGGCAAUAAAACAUUGUAUAUGGAGGAUGCACCCAUUAUGCAUACAUAUAAUUAUGAGAAAAAGGGGUUCGCCGACCCCCCUACUGACUACUACCUCAGACCCUAUUACCUGGCCAUGGACUCUAAGACUAAGGAUUAUUGCUACUUAGGUCGAGUGGAACUGGAGGUAUAUUACGAGUAUUUGUUGGACUUUAUCCGUGCAAUGAAUGCCAGAAAACAGAAGUACUUUGCGUUUCAUUUCAUGGCUCGACUCACACACGACAUCCUUAAUAAUGUUGAGGUUCGGAGAAUACGACAGACACUGUCGGGAAGGUAUGAGGAAAGGCUGCCUUUUAUGCACAUAUAUGUCCCCCAGAGAUACCGUUACCGCAAUCUGACGGUCAAUGAGGACCGACUCACCACUCCUUUCGACAUACACUCAACGCUUAAGCAUAUACUCGAAGGUAAACCGAAUACUACUUUAAAAUAUGGGUUAUCCCUAUUGGAGGAGAUCCCAUACAACAGGAGCUGUGAUAGUAUACCCGUAUUAGAGCACUGGUGUGUCUGUCAUAUAAGUCGACGCAUACAUGACUUACACAGCGUUAGACCUAUGGCUGAGUUUGUGGUCACAAAACUCAAUGACUUACUGCACGAC